UAUACUAUUUGAACACUUUGCAUUGAACCGCAAAACUGUGCGCGCGCGCCGUCAUACCGUUAUCAUUAGUGAUAAGAUCGUUACAUCAUUGUGAUAAGAACCUGUUAAGUUUAAUAUGUGACAGUGGAUUAUGGGAAUGGCAAGGAGAUUGAAAAUUACUGUGGUCGGUGAUGGUAUGGUGGGCAAGACAUGCCUGCUAUAUGUGUAUACAAGGAAUGAGUUCCCCACGGAGUAUGUACCUACAGUAUUUGACAAUUACGUGGGUCACAUAAUAGUUGACGGCGAAGAAGUGGAGAUGGCGCUAUGGGACACAGCCGGACAAGAGGAUUACGAACGUCUCAGGCCAUUAUCCUAUAAUAGUACGAAUUGUUUCCUGGUGUGUUACUCUGUGGGCAGUCGAUCGUCAUAUGAAAAUGUUAUUCACAAAUGGUAUCCCGAAUUGAAGCAUUUUAGUUCAUCAGUACCCAUCGUACUAGUUGCGACAAAAACGGAUUUGCGCAAUACAGGAAAAGCUGUGAUCACUACACAAGAGGGAAAACAGUUGAAAAGAAAAAUACGAGCUGCCCAGCUGGUGGAGUGUUCGGCUUUAGAAAGAGUCAAUAUGCACGAAGUAUUCGAAGAGGCGGUGAGAGCAGCGAUCAAGAAAAAGCCAGUAACUAAAAGAACUUGUCAAUUUCUCUAAGAGAAAGACAAUUCUGAUGUACAUAGCUAUCCGAUAUUAAUACUAGAGUAACUGCACCGGUACUAUGUAACCUUUAAUGACUAUAGCCAUGCCUACCCUGACUUUUUUUUACAUAGAAUUAUUGUUCUCUCAAAAUUGGUCUGCUCAAUAUCGCAACCUUGGUACAAUAACUCAACAUCGAUAUUGAAAGUUACAGAGUACCGGCGCUGUUUCAUGAAAACAUUAAUAAUUGUAUAUUUUUGUUUGCUUUGAUAGUCAUGGUACCCAAAAAGCUCUAACAUUCCGUUUAAGAUUCGUAAUACUUUCCCAAAGAUUCGCCAAAAAGAAAAAAAUAAACUUUGAAGAGAAAUAUUCAAACCGCUAUGUAAAGUUUUUGUUAAAAAAUCAAUAGAGGCACAAUAUUUAUAUAUAUAUAUCUCUUCAGUAGCACGAAUGGUAGAUAAAAGUUACCCGCGGCGUCAACGAUAGUCUGUAAAGAAAAACUUAACAAACGGUCGAUUAUAUAUUUCUGGAAUAAACAAUAGAACUUAUUAUUUACUUUGUGUUGGGGUCUAGUCAAGACGGCUUAACAGUAGUGUAUGUAGAAAGUCGAAAACUAAAUUAGUAUGAAAGUGACAGCUGCAGUUGGUACCAACUGUCGACACUAGCUGUCAUUUUCAUACAAAUUUAGUUUUUGACUUUCUACAUACACUACUGUUAGGCCAUCUUGACUAGACCCCCAGGAUAGUAAAACAUAUCGUUUUGUAUUAUUUAAUAAUAUAACACUUAAUUCAUUAAACCAUUAUAUAUAGUUAUUUUCUCUAAUAUGUUCUAUAAGUCAGUUUUAAAUAAUAUUAUGUAAUUUUUAUAACGAAGAUAUCAUGAAUUGAUUCACAGAUUUUUUGCACUUUCUUUGUUGUGUAGGCGCCACCUAUCGGAUUCAUAGUGAAUGAUUUAUCCACUGUAAUGCAAUUUAAUGUGCCAAAGUUUAAGAGAUUAUUAAAUGUUCAAUCAGGUUUUGAUUUUAUAAUAGAAAUUAAAUAUUUAUAUUUACUAAUUGUAGAUUGGUUGGAGAUUUUUAAGGUAUAUAAUAGUUUUAAUCUACUUAAAAGUAUGUGAUUGUUUUAUAAUGCAUUCUUUAUUACAGUAUUUUAAAUUAUAUUUCCUUAAAAAAUA